AUGGGUAAGGCGGUUACCACCGGCACGGGUUUCCUCUUUGGUUAUGAUAGUGGUAUUGUUACCUCCACAAUUGGGCAACCAGAAUUCAUUUUAUACUUCGGAAAACUUGAUUCAUCGACUGAGGGUGGAGUGGUGUCUUCCUUCACAGGUGGUGCGAUUCUAGGAGCACUCACGAUCUCAUGGCUGGCAGGUGGUUUAGGAAGGAAGAAGACCAUUGCGCUCGGAGGUGCCAUAUCUGCCUUUGGAUGUGCACUUCAAGCGGGUGCCGCUAAUAUCGGAUACGGAUGCAACUAUACCACUUCUAGUUUUCAAUGGCGCUUCCCCUUGGCAUUUCAAGUUGUUCCUGGUCUAUUCCUAGCCAUCGGAACUUGGUUCUUGCAAGAAUCUCCUCGAUGGUUAAUGGAGAAGGAUCAACAAGAAGAGGCGAGAGAGGCUCUUUACAAAUUGCACGGCGAUGGUUCAAAUGACGAAUACUUGGAACUGGAGUUUGCUGAAAUUCGAGACACAAUCAUUGCAGAAAAGACAGUAGCAGUCAAACCAUGGUCCGGACUCGUUGCGAAAAAAUCAUGGAGACAUCGACUCAUUCUGGGAUGUGGAAUCCAAGCAUGGGGUCAACUAUCAGGCAUUAACGUUAUCAACUACUACGGGGUCACUAUCUACAGUCUUUUGGGUAUUGACACUCGCACUUCCCUCAUGAUCAUCGGCAUCUCUGGCUCUCUUUCCAUUGUUCACUGUGCACUCGGUUUAUACUUUUUGGAAAGACUUGGACGAGUCAAACCAAUGGUUUUCUCGGCCACUGGUUGGGCAUUGGCUCUGUUGGUCAACGCAGUUCUCAGUCAAUAUUAUGUUGUCGGCGGACAACAAUCAACAAAUACCAAUGCACUACGGGCCAUGGUGGCCAUGAACCUUGUCUUCUCAUUCUUCUAUACAUUCACUGGAAUUAUCAGUUGGGUCUACCCUGCCGAAAUUUUUCCCGUGGAAAUUCGAGCUCGUGGAAAUUCUAUCUCAACCCUGACAAAUUGGUGUCUUGGUCUUCUUCUGGGCCAAACCGGACCAUUGACACUCGAUAAUAUCGGAUUCAAAUUUUUCUACGUCUUUUUUGUGUUCAAUAUCCUUUCAGCAGUAUGCUAUUGGAUCUUCUACCCAGAGACCAAGGGCAAAACACUUGAGCAGAUGGACGAACUAUUUGGUGAUCAACUGAUUCCUCAUGCAUUAGAUGAUCCUACUGGUGCAGAAGCUGCGAGAGCUGCAAUGAACGAGAAGGGUGUAUUCACACAUGAUGAAGAUAUUUCGUGGUUAUUCCAGAGUUCAACAAGUCGAAACGUAUUAGAGAGAAAAUUAUAUAGUCAUCCAUGCGUUCUCACUGCACAUAAUCAGUAUGAUAGUUACUCUACACGAUCUUCUUUUUAG